GUUACGGAAUAACGGAUUUAGAGUUUGGUAACAACUGACCGUCACGAUAGAGUAGACUUGUAAAAUUUCGUAUAGCUACACUCUCGCUUUUCAGGGAUGAAAUGAAGUAGACUAAUUGGCGCUUAUCGGAACUGUUGAAUGCAUUUUUUGGAGUAGGAACAUCUGAAAGUUUGGGGCAUUGUGGCUUUUAAGAGCACCCCACAUGAAAAUUGUAUUAUUGGAUGGUCUGAACGUCUCAGCUGCUACAAUUUUAUAGUACACCGAUUUUAGGGAUUGCUUGUAAGGAAUUAACCAAGAACAGUGACCAAUUGCUAAAACACUUAACAUACUGCGUAAAACAUAUUUCUUGCGCCAUUGUUGUACUAUGCUGCCGUAACAAACCUGACACCAAAUAUGAACUGGGCUGACCUCUUAAGGGUUUAAGUUGCAAUACGUUGUAAACGCGUGUUCGCUGAAAUGUGCGUCUGUAUGGUAUUUUUUGGACCGUAUAAACAAGAAAGAUCGAAUACUCGCAAAAAAUCAAAAUGGUCAGUGGCUGGAAAAAUAUAAUCACUUGAACAGGUAGGCUAAGUGAAAAUAAUUUUAAAUGAGAAGUUACGGAAUCACGGAUUUAGAGUUUGGUGACAACUGACCGUCAUGAUAGAGUAGACUAGUAAAAUUUCGUAUAGCUACAAUCUCGCUUUUCAGGGAUGAAAUGAAGUAGACUAAUUGGCGCUUAUCGGAACUGUUGAAUGCAUUUUUUGGAGUAGGAACAUCUGAAAGUUUGGGGCAUUGUGGUUUUAAGAGCACCCCACAUGAAAAUGGUAUUAUUGGAUGGUCUGAACGUCUCAGCUGCUACAAUUUUAUAGUACACCGAUUUUAGGGAUUGCUUGUAAGGAAUUAACCAAGAACAGUGACCAAUUGCUAAAACACUUAACAUACUGCGUAAAACAUAUUUCUUGCGCCAUUGUUGUACUAUGUUGACGUAACAAACCUGGCACCAAAUAUGAACUGCCUGACCUCUUAAGGGUUUAAGUUGCAAUACGUUGUAAACGCGUGUUCGCUGAAAUGUGCGUCUGUAUGGGGAGCCAUGCCAUCAGAGACCAUCAACCAGGCCCUGGCCUGCCCCCAUGCUGCCCAGGCCCGGCCUGGCCAGAUCUUCCCAAGCGAGGAGGAUGGGUCUAUCCAAAUGAAUGGAGCGGAGGGUGGUAGGAACUGGAUUCGCCCGGAUCUGCCCAGUCGGUGCACCUGGAGACUGGGUGCACCGCCCUCUCAGUCCCCACACAGCCACCCUGAAAGGGAAAAAUCCACUAAGAUUUUGCCAGACAUCCUGAGGAGGAUCGGGGACACGCCCAUGGUCCGCAUGAACAAGAUAUCCAAGGCUUACGGACUCAAGUGCGAGCUUUUGGGGAAGUGCGAGUUCUUUAAUGCAGGGGGCAGUGUAAAGGACAGGAUCAGUCUGCGCAUGGUGGAAGAUGCUGAGAGAGCUGGGAUCCUCAAACUCGGGGACACUAUCAUUGAGCCCACAUCUGGGAACACUGGCAUCGGUCUGGCCCUGGCGGCUGCUGUGAAGGGCUAUCGCUGCAUCAUUGUCAUGCCAGAGAAGAUGAGCUUGGAGAAGGUGGACGUCCUGCGUGCUCUGGGUGCGGAGAUCGUCCGCACGCCCACCAGCGCUCGCUUCGACUCCCCCGAGUCCCACGUGGGCGUGGCCUGGAGGCUGAAGAACGAGAUCCCCAACUCUCACAUUCUGGACCAAUACCGCAAUCCCAGCAACCCCCUGGCCCACUACGACACCACGGCCGAGGAGAUCCUGGAACAGUGUGAUGGUCAAGUGGACAUGCUUGUGGCUGGUGCUGGCACAGGUGGCACCAUUAGUGGCAUCGCCCGCAAGCUCAAGGAGAGGUGCCCAAAUGUCAAGAUUGUGGGGGUGGACCCUGAAGGCUCGAUUCUGGCAGAACCAGAGGAACUGAACAAGACUGACAAGACCCAGUAUGAAGUUGAAGGCAUUGGUUACGACUUCAUCCCAACUGUGCUGGACAGAUCUGUGGUGGACCACUGGUACAAAUCCAGCGACGAGGAGACCUUCGCCAUGGCGCGCAUGCUAAUCAGGGAGGAGGGGCUUCUGUGUGGUGGCAGCUCGGGCACUGCCAUGGCCGCAGCUGUGAAGGCCGCGAAGGAGUUGAAGGAGGGGCAGUGCUGUGUGGUCGUCCUGCCUGACUCCAUCCGCAACUACAUGUCCAAGUUCCUCAGUGACAACUGGAUGUUCCAGAAAGGUUUCCUGAGGGAGGAGGACAUCAUGGUUUCCAAACCCUGGUGGUGGAACCAGAAGGUGCAGGGCCUGAACCUGUCGGCGCCUCUCACCGUGCUGCCCACAGUCACCUGCCAGAAAACCAUCCGGAUCCUGAAGGAGAACGCCUUCGACCAGGCGCCCGUUGUCGAUGAGUCGGGGCUGAUCUUGGGCAUGGUGACUCUGGGUAAUAUGCUGUCCACCGUGCUGGCUGGGAAGGUGAAGCCGUCUGACCCCGUCAGCAAGGUCCUGUACAAGCAGUUCAAACAGGUCCGUCUUACUGACAAUCUGGGCAAGCUGUCUCGCAUCUUGGAGACCGACCACUUCGCCCUGGUGGUGCACGAGCAGAUUCAGUACCUGACGGAUGGCGCACCCUGCCUACGGCAGAUGGUUUUCGGGGUGGUGACCGCUAUGGACCUGCUAAACUUUGUCACUGGAAGGCAGAAGAGAACUCUGUCAGAGCACACAGAUGAGAUGUAAUCAAGCUUACAGUUAUGAAUUGUUCCAUAGCUCAGAUGCACCCAGAUGAGCUGCUCUGAUGUCACGAAGCAACUGUGGUGAUCUGACUGGAUUACUGAUCUCCAGGUUGAUCUGGGAUUGGUGGAGACAAAUAUUGAUUUUUCUUUCUUUUGUUUGCCUUUGCUUCAUGAUUUGCUAGAACCUACUGAGAAACUUAUUGUAAAAGAUCCUCUAUGGCGACAAGAUUGGAAACUUGGUGAACUAUGCAGGAUUUCUUUUGCCUUGCUAUGGUCCUCUGUUUCCAAAAAAAAGUAAUCUCAGUCUUAAACCCCGCUCAUUCACCCUGCGUAGGCUACCCUUAAAUGUGAAUUCAUUAGAAACUACCAGUAAAUUUCUCCCAUCAAUUACCCGGGACCACGAGCCAGACAUGUACAAAUAAUUUGAACAAAACCUGCAGAAAAAUAAUGAUUUUAAUAACAAGUAUUUACAUUUAAAUAAUUAUUGAUCAGUGUAACAAAUUAUAAAAAUAUUAUUUUAAAAAGUACAAUACAUGCUUGUUCAGUGCACACAAGACAGUGCUUAAGGCCUUUGCAUAACAGCACAAGUAACAAUGGCACAUGUUAAAACAUUUAACAUGGUUGUUGUGGUGUUAAAGCUGGAGAUGGGUUAUAAUAAUAUGUAAAGUAAUUAUAAAUAAGUAUAAAUAAAUUAAGAGCAUUUCUUCCAAGUCCAACAAUUAGUCUUGCAAAAUGUCUGUGUGUCGGUGAAGGUGCUUUCACUCACAGCUGUGUAAGAGAACAAAACAAUGGGAUGUUAGGAAUUUUAAAAUGCACUCAAAAAAAAAAAAUUUUUAUAAGAAGAUCUACAUGAAGGUACGGAAAUGUGAUGCGUGAGCAUGAGGCAAGUUUCACUCACCAAUAAUAAUAAAAUUAACAGUAAAGACCAACUACACAACAUUGCCAACAAUUGGAAUUACUUUUUAUGGCACCAUAUAACACUCAUUUACCAUUUAGAAUUUUGUGCUCGAUUUGGAAUAGAAAGAAAAGACAUGAAUAAAAGUAACCCCCAGGCCUCAACAGCUAUAAGAAGCACUUUGAUUUCAGGAAGGUAUUGCAUGAGGAGUUCUACCUGCAGGAGGCUUGGUCGACACGUUUGCCGUCCGUGGCACAGAUGCUGGAGUUUAAGUGACACCGAAAGAGGGGUCUGGUGAAGCAG